AUGAGCGACAAGCUGGAUUCCGUCUAUUACAUGGGCGCCCCCGAGAGCUUGUCGUCGUCGAUGCCGUCCAUGUCCCCGCCGAAAUAUGUUCAUCAUUUCGACAGCUAUUCCCUGGUGAAGCAGCUGCAAGAGGGCGGAUACUCGAGCGACCAGGCUACUACCUUGAUGAAGGCUGUGCGAGCUAUCCUGGCGCAUAACUUGGAUAUAGCGCAGGAAAAGCUUGUUAGCAAGAGUGACGUAGAAAACGAGUCAUAUUUGUUCUCUGCGGCGUGCUCUGAGCUGAGUGCUGAGAUCAAUAACAACCGCCGCGCGCAGGAUGAGCAGAUUCGACAGCAGCGCACGCAUCUACAGCACGAAGUCGACAUCCUAACGCAGACGUUGAAUCAGGAGCUGCUGACUCUGAAUGAUAAUGUGCGAGGACUCUUUAACGAUCGAAAGAUGACUGUUAGAGAGGAGCAAAAGGGAGCGGAUAGUGCUAUUCAACAAAUCACCUACAAAAUCAGCAUCAUGCUUAGCAGCGACUCCAAGUCGGAAAUCGAAGGCGUACGGUGGAUUCUCAUCCGCCGAUCCGUAGUGGGCAUCCUCUUCAUGGCCAUUGUGACGUUAGGUACCAUUCGGUAUGCUACGUAUGUCAGCCACGAGCGUCAACGGGAGCAGGAUCGCAAGAAGAAAGAGGCAGAAGAGUUGAGGAGGGACGGCGGCAAGAAUGAUCGCACCUCUGCGCCAGAUGCGGCUGCUAUUUUGGCGGCAAAUUAA